AUGGUGCGUGUCUUGUCAGCUCUGUCUCUCAGUUUUGUGUUCGCACAUGCACUCAAGACGACAGCGCCGCCGGCCAAUGCGACGGCGACGCCCGACCUCGAUGAAAAUGCCGCCGUGCCCGACCUGGCUCGGCUCGCCGCGCUCAACGAGACCACGGUCGCUGAGCCUGAGCAGAAAGCCGUUCCAGAGAUCACCACGGUCCCGUUUGGCUUGGUGACGGCCAGCGGCGCAGCUAUUUACGAGUACUACGGCAACGUUUAUGCUGGCGCCGCGAGCAACAGCGCCAACGAGCAGUGGAACUACGGAAUAUUUUCGCACCAAAUCAUCUCGUACUCCAACAAUCAGUGCCUCGACGCGUACAAGGACAGCGACUCCGGGGAGUACCGCGUCCACAUGUAUGUGUGCGACGACAACAACCGCAACCAGGCCUGGACGAUCGACACUGUGCACCAUCGCAUCAAGCACCGGACGCACCCCAACUUGUGCCUCGAUGUCGACCCGACGCAGAACAACAAGGUGCAGGUGUGGACCUGCCAUGACGACGCGCCCAACCAACGCAUCAUGGUCACGGAAGACGCGGUCAAGCUCCACACGUUCAACGGCCGGUACCUCGUGAACGGUCAGGGCAUGCCGCUGUUCGUCGCGCUCUGGGGCCGCCCUAUAGAGUGGGUCGUCAGCAAUGUCGACUUGACGUGGCGUUGGCGCUCGCGCUACUUCACGAGCGACGAGUGCUUGGACGCGUAUGAGCCGUGGAACGGCGGCGCCGUCCACCUGUGGCCCUGCGACUCCACCAAUGGCAACCAAAAGUGGCGCUUCGAUGCAGCCACGGGCCAGCUCCGCCACGCCACGCACACUGGGUUUUGCCUCGAUUUGUCGACGCCGGACAUCAACAUGCCGUAUGGGACGAGACCCUACCUCUGGGCGUGCAACACCCCCGCCAACGACUUGCAAAAAUUUACUUUCGAAUCGCUGACCUUCAGGGACUCAUAUUUUUGA